CGAAUCCCACCAGUGUGGUCGUCUGUGCCCCUGUCAAUCAUAUAUAUCUACGAUCUGCACACUCUCUCAUCUAUAUAUCCUCCCUCUUCCAUUCUUCUUCCCUCCUGUUCCUGUUCGGCAUUUCUUUCUCCUUUCUCCUUUCUUCUCUUCUAUUUCCAUUUCCAUUCUUCGUAUUUAUCCCCCACCUUGUUCCCAUCAUUUUUUUCUUACUUCUUUCACCCCGACCCUCAGCAUGUUCUCCAGAUUAUGGGUAGCCGCUGCGCUGUACGCCGUUGCUCUUUCCGCCCCGACCUAUCCCUACUCGACCGGAGCCGCUGAGCGAUCCGCGGAGAUGGGAGUGUUAUCAGAGUACUUUCAAAUGUUGGCAUCCAAAGUCCAAGCAGGGAAGAAUAUGGCAGAGGCGCCUGUGUGCGAUCUUAGCAAAGCCGUUAUGCCAGUUGCUUCCACAACCCCUCUACCACCACCAUCUGCAGGCCUCACAUUGAAGCAUGUGGCCAUCGGUCGAGGGACCCAAAACUACACUUGUGGUACGGAUGCGAGCGCCGCACCGUUCGCUGUCGGCGCCAUGGCAACCCUCUACAACUCAACAUGCGUGGCAUCAACUUAUCCCGAUCUUCUCUCUGUCCUUCCAAAUGUGGCUCUUCAAUUUGAUCUCACUGAUGUAAACCAAGCCUCUCUAUCACCAACCAACCUCCUCAUCAGCGGUCACCACUACUUCCAAAACCUCACUACCCCCACAUUCAACCUUGACACAGCAGCGAUGGACAUAGGUUUCGCACCUUGUUCAAAGAACAAUUCCGUCCCAGCUCCAGCAGGCUCGCCCCAGGGACAGGGUGGCGUUGGCCAUGGAUCGGUUGCUUGGUUGAAGCUGAUCGCAGAAGAUGGGGCUACUGGUGACUUGGAAGAAGUUUACCGAGUCAACACCGCUGGAGGAAAUCCACCGGCGACUUGCGCCGGGAUGCCUGCUGCUUUUGAGGUACAAUACGCUGCUGAGUAUUGGUUCUUUAAGAAGGCCUAGAAAAUACUAGACGGUUGGUAGAAGACUUGUUUGGUUCACUUCACAUACCCCUGGGGGCUUCGCUGGCUAUGUGGCGUUUAGGGGCAAUAUUAUCUAUAUGCUGUUACGAUUUGGGUUCCUGGCU